AUGAAGCUCACCAACACUGUUGCCGCGCUGGCGACGGCUGGUCUCGCGACUGCCCACGGCCACGGCCACGCUCACUACCACAAGCGCGCCGCCGAGACCGAGACUGUUUCCGUCCCCGGCCCCGUUGUGUACGACUUUGUUGUGAUGGACCCCUCCAAGUCUGGAUCCCCCGAGGCCAUCAGCGUCGACGAUGCCUGCAAGGGCCUUGCUGAGCACAAGUUUGAAUGGCUCGACAAUGCCGUCGCUGCUGCCUGCCCCUCCUCCACCAGCAGCACCGCCACUCCCACCCCCAGCUCGACUUCCACGUCGACCCCGACCCCGACCUCCACCAUCGCUCCCGCCAUUCUCCAGGAGACUGCCGCCGCCAUCACCCCGGCCAGCCCCACCAGCACCGCGGAGCCCACUUCCAGCUCUUCUAGCUCCUCCAGCUCGGUCUCGACCGCCGCUGCUACCAGCAGCUCCUCCACCUCCAGCAGCUCCGGUGCCACUGGUGUCGAUGCUGACUUCCCCGAUGGAGAGCUCGACUGUGGAACUUUCCCCUCCGAGUACGGUGCCCUCGCCCUCGACUACCUUGGCCUCGGUGGAUUCUCCGGUAUCCAGUACGUCACCCUCGUCGAUGACUUGGUCAGCGACAUCGUGACCGCCGUCACUGGUGAUGAGUGCCACCACGGUGCUAUGUGCUCUUACGCUUGCCCGGCUGGUUACCAAAAGUCUCAGUGGCCCACCACCCAGGGCGCCACCGGUCAGUCCGUUGGUGGUCUUGAGUGCAAGAACGGCAAGCUCCACCUCACCAACAAGAAGCACAAGCAGCUCUGUAUCGCCGGUGUUGGCGGUGUCCACGUCAAGAACCAGAUGUCCACUGAUGUUGCUGUCUGCCGUACCGACUACCCCGGUACCGAGUCUGAGACUGUUCCUCUCUCCGCUUCCUCCGGUAACACCCACCCCUUGACUUGCCCCGAUGGCGACACCUACUUCAACUGGGAGGGCAAGGCCACCUCUGCCCAAUACUACGUUAACCCCAAGGGUGUCUCUACCGAGAAGGGUUGCCAGUGGGGUGACGGUUCCGAGCCCAUCGGUAACUGGGCUCCCAUCAACUUGGGUGUCGGCUACACCAGCUCCGGAAAGUUCCUCUCCAUCUUCCCUAACACCCCGACCACCACCAAGGAGCUCGACUUCAAUGUCAAGCUCGUCGGAGACAACCUCAGUGAUGAGUGCCGCUACGAGUCCGGCAAGUUCUACGACUCCAACGGUGCUAUUGCAGGAAACAGCGGUUGCACUGUCGGUGUCACCUCUGGAAACGCCUACUACGUCUUCUACGACUAG